CUGGUCUGCGCCGCGUAACCUUGCUUGUCCCGGGGUGCCUAAAGGGCGUGGUGUGGGGAUCGCUAUAUAUUGAAGGCCCGACGCGAGGCAGGCACAGUGCAGGCUUGUCUCCGACGCUGACGACAUCCCUCCGUGCCUCCCCGCAGCCACAGCCAUGCAGUCCUCCCUCGCUGUCUUCGCCCUCCUGCUGGCGGUUCUCGCGUCCUCGCUCGCGGCGCCCCUCCCUCGGCCCUCCUACGAUGAGGACGUCGCCACCUUGAGCAACUUCGAGUCCCUCAAGAACCACUUCAACAUUGGCAACGGUGGAACUUACAUCUUCAUGUACCACGCCGGGGACAGCGAGCGAGCGGAGGAGCGGAACGAGGACGGAGAUGUGAAGGGCCACUUUGCUUUCCUGGCUCCAGAGGGCCUCGAGUACAAGUUCAAGUAUGACGCUGACGAGGACGGCUACAAGGUGGAGAGCGACGCCCUGCCCACCGCCCCCGAGGACACCGAGGACGUGAAGCAGGCCAAGGAGGAGUUCUUCGACGCCUACGAACGCGCCCUCGAACUCGCCGAAGAGGACGACUACGAGUACUCCGAAGAAUCAGACGAGGAGUCCAGCGAAGAAUCCAGCGAAGAAUCCAGCGAAGAAUCCAGCGAGGAGUCGAGUGAGGAGGAAUCUGAGGAGGAAUCUGAGGAGGAAGAAGAAGAAGAGGAGGAGGAAGAAGAGGAAGAAGAGGAAGUAGAGGGAGAAGAGGAGAAUGACCUUUACAGCCAGUACCUCAAGCAUUUCGGUUUCCGUUCAUAAAUUCAUCAACCAGGAAGGAAAGUCGUUAGAAUUAGUCUCUUAUGAAUUCAUCUUCCCUUCCUCCUCCUCACGCUCGCUCCUUUAUGCCUCCUCCUCCUCCUCCUCCUCCUUCUUGCUCUCUUCCCUCAUUUGCCUUUAUUUAUCAUUAUAGCAUUCGCUCCUCCUCAUUUUCCAUCUCCUUCUUUCCCAUUUUCUUUACCUAUUUUUAUGUCCUUUACCGCGCGCAUCGAUCGAUCUCAAAACGAAAUACUCCAUCAGUCUUUCUUCCUAUCCUCCGCGUCUUCGUCAGUAGCUUUCCUUAACAACUCCUAUUUCUCUAUUUUGUCAUCGUUUUCAUAGUCUCUCAGUGUGAUUUAGAGUAGAAAAUGGAUACUUACCUUUUCCCUCCAUUAUUUAUUCAUUCACUCAUGACUUCUGUGCCAACCUCAAUAACCGUCCUGUCUUAAAUACUCGCAUUUAUUUAUUUCACGCGUUUUCAUGGUCUUGCAGUGUGAUUUAAAGUGGAAAACUGGCAUUUGCAUAUCUUUCCACCUCUUACUUACUUACUUGCUUUCUUCUUUCUUCUGCAUCGUUAUCAGCAGUCUUACAGUCUCAGAAAAUCCAUAUUCCUCUUUGCUUUCCGUUUUGCCGAUCUUUCGAUGUGAUUUACCCGGUGCUCACAUUUCCCUCAACUCCUCAUCUCUCUCCCUCCUUCCUUCUGCGUUUUCUUCGUUGCUCUUCUCGCCUGGAAAACUCAAAUUCUUCUACUAAUAUUGUCUUCCUGAAGUUGGAAACGGACGCUCGCAUUUCCCAGCACUCCUCAUCUCUCCCUCCUUCCUUUUAUUGCUCUUCUGUCCUUAGCAAACUCAAAUUCUUCUUCAUAUCCUGUUUUCCGGGGCUUUCAGUGGCAUUUGGAUUUAGAAAACGGACGCUCGCAUUUCCCUCUUUAAUUAUCUACCGUAGCUUCCCCUUCCUUCUUUCUAGUCCUUCCGUUUUCUCAGUUUUGCUCGAAAGAAAUAGACAAACAGGAGCUCAUAAGGGCGGCGGAUCACUCGAGUCUUGGAUGAUAAUAAGGCUUCGCUUCCUCGCUUCCCUCUUCGUUACGUACAAACUCAGUAGCAACGCUCAACGUAUUUAUAUAUUUUGUAUUUAUUUGUCUUCCGUUCUUUUCAUCUCUCGUCACAUAUCAGCAAAAAUAAUAUAACUCUAUCUAUUUUUAUAUACUUUUGUUUGUCACUCAGUCUCGAUGUAUUAGUAUGAAGCUUACGAUGUGUUGACGGUGUGUGUGUGUGUGUGUGUGUGUGUGUGUGUGUUAGUGCAAUAAAGAAAUGGACCAAUAAAUGUUUUGCAUAA